AUGUCUUCAACCACUACAACUAUCGUGCAAGAUGUUCAACUCCAUGCUAAGCAUAACGAAGCAAGUGAUUCGCCGGCGGGACUGAGUGCUUGUGGUACUGGGGGUUACCCCGUCCCAGGAGUUCCAAAAUUUGAUGACCCUUACAAGAAGCGACAAUGGCAGCUAGAGCACAUGGCUGGUGCUUUUCGUGUCUUCGCUCGCAAGGGAUUCACCGAAGGUACUGCCGGUCACAUCAGUGUUCGUGACCCAGUCGAACCCUCCACCUUUUGGAUUAACCCUCUCGGCAAGCAUUUUGGUCUGUUGAAAGCUAGCGACAUGGUUCACGUCAACGAGGAAGGUCAAGUCAUUGGCGGCAACAAAGUAGCCGUUAAUGCUGCCGGAUUUAUGAUCCACAGCGCAAUUCACAAAGCCAGACCUGAUAUCCAUGCUGCCUGCCACGCUCACUCACCGGCAGGAAAAGCGUGGUCCACAUUUGGAAGACCGGUGGAAAUCCUCAACCAGGAUAGCUGCACCUUCUAUGCUAUUCAAAGGGUCUACCAAUCGUUUGGUGGAGUUGUACUUGAGGCGGAUGAGGGUAAACGUCUUGCAGAGACUUUGGGCAAAGAUGGCCGUGUUGCAAUCCUACAGAAUCAUGGACUCCUCACUGCUGGCAGCACUGUAGAUGAGGCUGCAUACCUUUUUACUUCCUUGGAGCGUACUUGCGAGGUCCAGCUGAUGGUAGAUGCUGCAAAACUGCCAAAGAACAUCAUUGGAGACAAGGAGGCAGAGUAUACAGCUAAGGUUAAUGCAGAUCCGGAAACCCUCUAUUAUGAGUUUCAGACGGAUUUCGAAUACGAAAUAUGGAAGUCCAAAGGGGAACUCAGCAAGGGAGAGUGA